CCUGCUAUUCCCAGCAGGGUGGAGUCGGGAGCAGCAUCCAGUCCUUAUCAAUAGGCACUGCAGGUUAGUUAACAGUCUUGCCACCUCCUCCAGGGAGCAGCAGUCCCUAGCCUGGCUGUGGAUCUAGUCGGAUCGGGUUGGUCCAGCCAUGGCUUCUCUGGGCUUGGGGGUCGCCCAGAGUCCUGGACGACGUACAGGACGCUGAGCGGGACACAGAGCCGGACACCCAGCUCCAAAGAGGCCAGAGCACAAAGGGGAACAACAGUGGGCGGAGCCUGCUCAGCACCAUGAGCCCCCGGCUGUCACUGCUGCUGAGGCUGCUGCUGCUCACCGGCGUAGCGCACACUGUUGGAGCUCUGCCCCGAUUGUGUGAUGUGCGGCGUGUGCUGCUACAGGAACAGGCCCAGUGCCUGCAGGAACUCUCCAGAGAGAAGGCGGCUCUGGGCCCGGAGCCGGUAUCAGCCAGUGUAUUCUCACCGUCUGCUUCUUCACACACACUUUAUCAAGGCUGUGAGGGGCUUUGGGACAACAUGAGCUGCUGGCCGUCCUCGGCACCGGCACAGACGGUGGAAGUGCAAUGUCCGAAGUUCCUUCAGAUGCUCUCGAGCAGAAAUGGGUCUCUGUUCCGGAACUGCACACAGGAUGGCUGGUCGGAAACCUUCCCCAGGCCUGACCUGGCCUGUGGGGUCAAUAUGAACGGCUCCUUUAAUGAGAGACGGCAUGCAUACUUGCUGAAGCUCAAGGUCAUGUACACUGUGGGCUACAGUUCCUCCCUGGCCAUGCUCCUGGUCGCCCUCAGCAUCCUGUGCUCUUUUCGGAGGCUGCACUGCACUCGCAACUACAUCCACAUGCACCUGUUCGUGUCCUUCAUCCUGCGUGCUCUGUCCAACUUCAUCAAGGACGCCGUACUUUUCCCCUCAGAUGACGUCAUCUACUGUGAUGCUCACAGGGUGGGCUGCAAGCUGGUCAUGAUCUUCUUCCAGUACUGCAUUAUGGCCAAUUAUGCAUGGCUGCUGGUGGAAGGCCUCUACCUUCACAUGAUCCUUGCCAUCUCCUUCUUCUCACAAAGGAAGUGCCUGCAGGCAUUUGUGCUCCUCGGAUGGGGUUCUCCAGGCAUUUUUGUUGCUUCGUGGGCUAUCACCAGACACUUUCUAGAAAACACUGGAUGCUGGGACAUCAACUCCAACGCUUCCAUCUGGUGGGUCAUUCGAGGGCCCGUGAUUCUGUCCAUCCUGAUCAAUUUCAUCUUCUUCAUAAACAUUCUAAGAAUCCUGAUGAGAAAACUUAGAACUCAAGAAACAAGAGGAAAUGAAACAAACCAUUAUAAGCGCCUGGCCAAGUCCACCCUCCUGCUGAUCCCCCUCUUCGGCAUCCACUACAUUGUCUUCGCCUUCUCCCCAGAGGAUGCCAUGGAGGUCCAGCUGUUCUUUGAGUUGGCCCUGGGAUCCUUCCAGGGGCUGGUGGUAGCUGUCCUUUACUGCUUCCUCAAUGGUGAGGUGCAGCUGGAAAUUCAGAAAAAAUGGCGCCAAUGGCACCUCCAAGAGUUCCUGCUGCGCCCUGUGGCCUUCACCAACUCCUUCAGCAAUGCCACCAAUGGCCCCACCCACAGCACCAAGGCUGGCACCUCUGAGCAGAGCCGGAACAUCCCUGGAUCCAGUGUCAUCUGAGGCUGCAGCAAGGCACCAGAGGAGGAAGGGUUGGAUGUUUGGUAGGACGGACAUCUACCUGACAGCCAUUUUGUGCUGAGUGGCUGAACAGGCCUGUCCCUCAGGUCUGAGCUUUUUUGGAGACCAAGCAAGGGGAGACUGGCCAUCAUGGAGCAGGAAACAGGCCUGUGAUUUGGUCUUUCUUGUUCUUCUAAGAAGAGCAAUUCAGCAGCUCUGGAAGGGGCAGGAAAAUAAAAUGACAUCCAGAAAA